AUGCCUUGUCUACGCCAGGAUCUGUUCGGUCGAAGAGAUCACGUUUUGGAGCCUUACCGCACUGCCUGCGGUUCUGUUUGCGACGCCAUCAAGGCACACAGGUCCCUACACCUCAAAGGCAACGUCCUGCACCGAGACGUGUCCGAGAACAACAUUAUCAUAACCGACCGCAAAACGACUGGCCACAUGGGCAUGCUGAUCGACUUGGACCUUGCCAAGGAGCUGGGCAGCGGGCGCAGCGGGGCGCGCUGUCGCACUGGCACGAUGGAGUUCAUGGCAAUUGAGGUUCUGCAAGGGAUCUCUCACAUUUACCGGCACGGUCUAGAGUCGUUCUUCUAUGUGCUCCUCUGGCUCUAUCGAGAGAUUGCGAGCGCCAAACGAGGGCAUAUGCACGUUGAUGGAUUUGAGGACAUCUUGGAGGAAUUUCCGCAACCGGAGUUCGACUGUGUCAAGCCUCUUUGCAAAGACUUGCGGGGGAUCUUGUUCCCUUACAGGGACGGGCUCUUGGUCGGGACACCGAAGGAUCCUGAGAUUCUCUAA